CAUCACGAUUUCAAAUACUUGCUCUACAAGCAAUCAUUCACUACGGCUAUGUAUAUAAUGUUCGAAUCAUUUGCGUAGUGGAAUUAUAUUUUAAGUGCACAAAAGCUGUACUCCAAAUCUUUAAAAAACACUCUGUCGUUUCAACUACUACCAAUUAUUCUUGUUUGAAAUAGUAUUAAUCUCGAGCUAUUGAUAAUCAGAUUAGUAGUACUAUUAUGGGCGACGAGAAUGGCCUAAAUGGCGUGACGAAUACGCAUGAAGCAAGCACAUCAAAUAGCCAUGAAGAGGGGGAAGAGAAGAAAUCUAAUGGACAAGAGAUGCAAGAGACAGAGAAGAGCAAAGGAGAUGAAAAAACUAAGUCGGUUCCGUUUCGAAAGCUUUUCUCGUUUGCGGAUUCGAGAGAUGUUAUUUUGAUGAUUGUUGGCACAAUUUCUGCUAUUGGAAAUGGUUUAGCUAUGCCUCUUAUGGCUAUUGUUCUUGGUGAUACCAUCGAUGCAUUCGGUCAAACCCAAACGAAAGAAGUGGUUGAUGUAGUUUCUAAGGUGUCUCUAAAAUUUGUCUACUUGGGGAUAGGUGCAGCAAUUGCAUCACUUCUCCAGGUGGCUUGCUGGAUGGUCACCGGAGAGAGACAGGCGGCAAGAAUAAGGGCUUUGUAUCUGAAAACCAUUUUGAGACAAGAUAUUGCUUUCUUUGAUAAGGAAACAAACACUGGAGAGGUUAUCGGUAGAAUGUCUGGUGACACGGUUCUUAUACAAGAUGCUAUGGGAGAGAAGGUUGGGAAGGCAAUACAGCUCGUAGCAACAUUUGUCGGAGGUUUUGUUAUAGCAUUUAUCAAAGGGUGGUUACUUACCUUGGUUAUGUUAUCAGCUAUUCCUCUGCUAGUGGUAGCUGGUGCAGUGAUGUCGAUCGCUAUUGCUAAGAUGGCAUCUCGCGGUCAAAAUGCUUAUGCGAAAGCAGCAACUGUGGUCGAGCAGACUAUUGGCUCAAUCAGAACUGUUGCAUCUUUUACUGGGGAGAAACAAGCAAUAAGUAAUUACAAGAAGUUUCUUGUUACUGCAUACAACUCAGGUGUUAGUGAAGGCACUGCUUCUGGAUUAGGUCUUGGAGUGCUAAUGAUGGUCAUAUUCUGUACUUAUUCCUUGGCAAUAUGGUUUGGUGGAAAGAUGAUACUCGAAAAGGGAUAUACAGGAGGCGACGUGCUCAAUGUGAUUGUUGCUGUGUUGAUCGGUUCUAUGUCCCUCGGACAGGCAUCUCCGAGCAUGAGUGCAUUUGCUGCUGGGCAAGCUGCAGCUUAUAAAAUGUUUGAGACUAUCAAUAGAAAGCCAGAGAUAGAUGCUUCUGACACAAGGGGAAAGGUCUUGGAUGACAUCCGCGGAGAUAUCGAGUUGAGGGAUGUAUAUUUCAAUUAUCCAGCCAGACCAGAAGAACAAAUAUUUAGUGGAUUUUCUCUGACAAUACCAAGUGGAAUAACUGCGGCAUUGGUCGGACAAAGUGGAAGCGGAAAAUCAACAGUGAUCAGUCUGAUAGAGAGGUUUUAUGAUCCACUAGCUGGUGAAGUACUAAUAGAUGGAAUCAAUCUGAAAGAGUUUCAGCUAAAGUGGAUCAGGGAGAAAAUUGGACUUGUCAGUCAAGAACCUGUGUUGUUCACAGCCAGCAUUAGGGAUAAUAUUGCAUACGGAAAAGAUGGAGCAACCACCGAGGAGAUAAGAGCUGCAGCUGAACUUGCCAAUGCGGCUAAAUUCAUCGAUAAACUGCCUCAUGGAUUAGACACCAUGGCUGGCGAGCAUGGAACUCAGCUAUCUGGUGGCCAGAAACAAAGAAUUGCAAUUGCAAGAGCAAUCCUAAAAGAUCCACGCAUUUUACUUUUAGAUGAAGCUACGAGUGCACUUGACGCAGAAUCUGAAAGGGUAGUUCAGGAGGCCCUAGACAGGAUAAUGGUCAAUCGAACUACUGUUAUUGUUGCUCAUCGUCUAAGUACAAUUAGAAAUGCAGAUGUGAUUGCUGUCAUUCAUCGCGGAAAGUUAGUUGAAAAAGGUUCACACUCAGAGCUACUCAUGGAUCCUGAAGGAGCAUACUCUCAGCUUAUACGCUUACAAGAAGUAAACAAGGAUACAGAACAAGCAGCAGAGGACCAUAAAAGAAGCCUUUCUGCUGAAUCAUUUCGACAGUUGAGCCUAAAGAAAUCACUCCGUCGAUCCAUCAGUCGAGGAUCAUCUGGAGCAGGAAAUAGCAGUCGCCAUUCAUUCUCCGUCUCUUUUGGUUUACCCACAGGAAUUAAUGUCGCUGAAAACCUGCAGACAGAAGACGAAGGUUCUUCAUCAGAAGAAAAAGCUCCAGAGGUUCCAUUAAGUCGCCUUGCUUCUCUCAACAAGCCUGAGAUUCCAGUGCUAAUAUUUGGAUCUAUAGCUGCAUGUGCCAAUGGUGUCAUAUUUCCUAUCUAUGGUAUACUACUCUCUAAAGUGAUCAAAACAUUUUAUGAACCACCUCAUGAAUUAAGGCAGGAUUCAAAGUUCUGGGCACUCAUAUUUAUGGUACUUGGCGUGGCAAGUUUUGUGGUGAUACCAUUACAGUUUUACUUCUUUGCUGUGGCCGGCAGCAAGUUGAUCCAGAGAAUACGAACUCUUUGUUUUGAGAAGGUGGUUCGUAUGGAGGUUGGUUGGUUUGAUGAGCCUGAGCACUCAAGUGGCGCUAUCGGUGCUAGACUUUCAGCUGAUGCAGCAACAGUGCGUGCUUUGGUUGGAGAUUCACUAGCUCAGAUGGUUCAAAAUCUUGCAUCAGCAGUAGCAGGUGUGGUUAUUGCCUUCACAGCAAGUUGGCAAUUGGCCUUCAUUAUUCUUGCACUAAUUCCUCUCAUUGGAGUCACCGGUUAUGUUCAAGUAAAGUUCAUGCAAGGAUUCAGUGCAGAUGCAAAGAUGAUGUACGAGGAUGCAAGCCAAGUUGCAACUGACGCGGUUGGAAACAUAAGAACAGUUGCUUCAUUCUGUGCAGAAGAGAAAGUUAUGGAUCUAUACAAAAAGAAGUGUGAAGGCCCUCUCAAGGCAGGAAUCAGGCAAGGUGUCAUAAGCGGAACGGGAUUUGGAAUAUCUUUCUUCCUGCUGUUUUCUGUAUAUGCAACAAGUUUCUAUGCAGGAGCUCAACUCGUCAAGCAUGGGAAAACAUCAUUCGCUGAUGUUUUUCAAGUAUUCUUUGCUUUAACUAUGGCUGCCAUGGGAAUUUCACAAUCAAGCUCCUUAGCUCCUGAUUCCUCCAAGGCCAAGAGUGCUGUUGCUUCCAUAUUUUCAAUCAUAGACCGGGAUUCAAAGAUAGAUCCAAGUGACGAGUCAGGAACGACAAUAGAGAAUGUGAGAGGAGAAAUCGAGCUUCGUCACAUAAGCUUUGUUUAUCCAUCCAGGCCGGAUAUUCAAAUUUUCCGAGACCUGAACUUGGCAAUUCACUCUGGAAAGUCUGUGGCUCUAGUUGGAGAAAGUGGAAGUGGAAAAUCAACUGUCAUUGCAUUGUUGCAAAGAUUUUAUAAUCCUGACUCAGGACAUAUAACUCUAGAUGGAAUUGAAAUUCAAAAACUCCAACUCAAGUGGCUGAGGCAGCAGAUGGGGCUUGUGAGCCAAGAGCCAGUUCUGUUUAACGACACUAUCCGAGCCAACAUUGCAUACGGAAAGGACGGGGAUGCGACUGAGACAGAAAUCUUAGCUUCAUCACAACUAGCCAAUGCACACAAGUUUAUUAGCGGUUUACAGCAGGGGUACGAUACUGUGGUAGGAGAGCGAGGAGUUCAAUUGUCAGGCGGACAGAAACAAAGGGUAGCCAUAGCUCGUGCUGUAAUAAAAAGUCCGAAAAUACUACUGCUAGACGAGGCUACCAGCGCGUUAGAUGCAGAGUCUGAGAGAGUGGUUCAGGAUGCAUUAGACCGAGUGAUGGUGAGCCGAACUACAGUUGUAGUAGCUCAUCGGUUAUCGACAAUUAAAAACGCAGAUGUUAUAGCAGUAGUUAAAAAUGGGGUGAUUGUAGAGAAGGGAAAGCAUGAAAGUUUGAUCAAUAUCAAAGAUGGGUUUUAUGCUUCUUUAAUUGCCCUUCAUACAAAUGCCUCAACUGCAUGAGUUAUAUAUAUGGAAAAUGUAUUUCCUACUGUAAAAUUUUGUAAUUCAGAUUGAAAAAAUGAAUACCUUCAUUACUUUUCUGACUC